UUCCCAAUUUCUUUCACAAGCGCUUAAACCCUCUCUCUCUCUCUCUCUCUCUCUCUCUCUCUAAUUCUCCAAAUGGGUACGCCGGAGACAUCUCGGGAGCCUUGCCCAGACCGCAUCCUCGACGACGUCGGCGGCGCCUUCGGGAUGGGAGCAGUCGGCGGCUCAGCCUUCCACUUUCUCAAGGGCAUCUACAACUCUCCCAAAGGAGAGCGGCUCAUCGGCGGCUCGCAAGCCGUGCGAAUGAACGCUCCUCGCAUCGGCGGCAGCUUCGCCGUGUGGGGCGGACUGUUCUCAGCCUGCGACUGCACCCUAGUGUACGUCCGCCAGAAAGAGGAUCCAUGGAACUCAAUCAUUUCCGGCGCCGCCACCGGAGGCCUCCUCCAGAUGCGGCAGGGCCUCCGCGCCGCCUCCCGCUCCGCCCUCGUCGGCGGCGUCCUCCUCGCCCUCAUCGAAGGCGCCGGAAUCAUGCUCAACAAGGUCAUGAGUGCUCAGCAGAACAUGCCGAUCAUGAUCGAAGAUCCCUUGCCGAACACUACGCCUCAGCCCUCGGAAUCGUCGACUUCGUCGUCGUCGUUGUUCGGAGGCUUGUUUGGUCGAAAAAAGGAAGAAUCGAAGCAGAGCGGAGUCAAGACGGAGAUCUUGGAGAGCUUUGAUUCGCCAAUACCGCCGACAUUCGAGUUCAAGUGAGAAUUUUUUGAGAAAUUAGUGAUUGCGUUAUUUUUAAUUUACUUGCAAAAAUUUUGAACAAACUUUGGAAUCCCUUGAUAUUUAGGAAUUGUAUGGAUUGCAAUUUUUAUGUUUCGCUUGUCAAGUUUUGAUUUUUAUGUGAUACAGAGGAAGUCAAUAGUAUUGUAUAAUAAUGCAAAUUUGGAAUUUGUUGUCUCAUAUUUCAAUCAAGUCUUCAAAUUGUGCACUAUGUUGUUGAUGCUACAAA